AUGCGCGUCUCCAUGGCAUUCCUCACCCUGGUGCAGGCUGCCUUCUGGACUUGGUUUUCCUGCGUCCUGACCGAGCCUCUGGUGUUGCCCACACUAAACGCUUGCUGUCACUGUUUCAGGACGGGAAAGGAAGGCCAGCCCCGAGAGUACUACACCUUGGAUUCCAUCUUGUUCCUCCUCAAUAAUGUGCACCUUUCUCAUCCUGUGUAUGUCCGACGCGCAGCCACUGAAAACAUUCCUGUGGUUAGAAGACCUGACCGAAAAGAUCUGCUUGGCUAUCUCAAUGGGGAAGCAUCAACGUCGGCAAGUAUAGACCGAAGUGCCCCUCUAGAAAUAGGUCUUCAGCGAUCUACUCAAGUCAAACGAGCUGCAGAUGAAGUUUUAGCAGAAGCAAAGAAACCACGAAUUGAGGAUGAAGAGUGUGUGCGCCUUGACAAGGAGAGACUGGCUGCUCGCUUGGAGGGCCACAAGGAAGGGAUUGUGCAGACGGAGCAGAUUAGGUCUUUGUCUGAAGCUAUGUCGGUGGAAAAAAUUGCGGCAAUCAAAGCCAAAAUUAUGGCCAAGAAAAGAUCUACCAUCAAGACCGACUUAGAUGAUGACAUAACUGCUCUCAAACAGAGGAGUUUUGUGGACGCCGAGGUAGAUGUGACCCGGGAUAUUGUCAGCAGAGAGAGAGUGUGGAGGACACGGACCACUAUCCUGCAGAGCACGGGGAAGAACUUUUCCAAGAAUAUUUUUGCAAUUCUUCAGUCUGUGAAAGCCAGAGAAGAAGGGCGUGCGCCUGAGCAGCGCCCGGCCCCCAAUGCGGCACCUGUGGACCCCACAUUGCGUACCAAACAGCCUAUCCCAGCUGCCUACAACAGAUAUGACCAGGAAAGAUUCAAAGGAAAAGAAGAAACGGAAGGCUUCAAAAUUGACACGAUGGGCACCUACCACGGGAUGACGCUGAAGUCCGUGACGGAGGGUGCGUCGGCCCGUAAGACUCAGACUCCUGCGGCACAGCCAGUACCAAGACCAGUUUCUCAAGCAAGACCUCCUCCUAAUCAGAAGAAAGGUUCUCGCACACCCAUUAUCAUAAUCCCUGCUGCUACCACCUCUUUAAUAACCAUGCUGAAUGCAAAGGACCUGCUGCAGGACCUGAAAUUUGUCCCAUCAGACGAGAAGAAGAAACAGGGCUGCCAGCGAGAAAACGAGACGCUGAUACAGAGAAGGAAAGAUCAGAUGCAGCCGGGGGGCACCGCGCUCAGCGUCACGGUUCCCUACAGAGUCGUAGACCAGCCCCUGAAACUCAUGCCUCAGGACUGGGACCGGGUCGUGGCCGUUUUUGUGCAGGGUCCUGCGUGGCAGUUCAAAGGGUGGCCAUGGCUCUUGCCUGACGGAUCACCAGUUGACAUAUUUGCUAAAAUUAAAGCCUUCCACCUCAAAUACGAUGAAGUUCGUCUAGACCCCAACGUGCAGAAGUGGGACGUGACGGUGCUGGAGCUCAGCUACCACAAGCGCCACUUGGACAGGCCGGUUUUCUUACGCUUCUGGGAAACACUGGAUAGGUACAUGGUAAAGCAUAAAUCCCACUUGAGGUUCUGAAUUGCGUGGUCUCCCGGCUGGAAAUCUGGGUGAAGAAGCGUGGAUGUACCUUCAUCUAAAGACUGAGUGUCUAUGAAUUCAUCACUCACUCACCAAGAAGAAGGUCAUGGGCGAGCAACCGAUCUCAUCCGAUGCUUUUGUCUUCAAAGGGAUCAUAUGACGCCUGUCAUUCAUAGAAGCAAACUUUUUGGCCUACAACUAUUUUUUUAAUAUUAGCCUUUUAGUCUGUAAUGGAAAUUGUAUAUUUUGAUAGAAGUUUUUUCUCCAUUGGUUAAACUAGCAUUACUUAAAACGUGUUUCUUUAGAAAACCCAGGUUGUUAAUGUGUGUAUAUUUAGAGGUUCUGAGGCUCCAGGAGCCAUCUUGCUUCUGAUUUUUCAUUGCUCUAUAAUUCUUCUUACUGAAAAUACUGUGUUAUGGAUGGUAUUAAAUAUUAGUUUCUGGAACUUGCAAAACCAAGCAAAGGGAUGUGACUAUUUUGAAUGACUCAGAAUGUCAACCUGUAUGUAGACCAUAUCUAUACUUAGUCUUUAUUUAAAAAGGAAUAAUGAAAAAUCAAGAACACUUCUUCAGCUCUGGUUGAACUGCUUAGCCUUUUCGAGACUUCCUUACUUAUAUUGAAUACAUUGAGUGAAUGUACGUUCUUCUCACUGACUUUGCUGAUUUUACAACUUAGGAGGAUCUCUUUCUAUCUGGGAUACCUUCCCGCUAGGAAAAUCUCAAAACCGAUGAAAGCCCGGUAGGCUAUAGGACUUUCUAGCUGGGAGCCAGAGUGUGACUCGGGAAGAAGUGCAUUAGCCUACUGCAGUGCUGUUUCCGCUUCCUUACUGCUCUCCUGCGCCCACUCUGGUUCUCCCCUUAGAGGUGUGGGAUUUUGAGUCUUCUGUUCCAUUAGCCCUAAAUGCCGAUACAUUCUCCCGGCACCAAAGAACACAGUUGCUUAAGAAGUGUCUGAACAGAAACAAGAUAAAAACACUGGUAUUUUUAUGUGCGCAUUCGAUAUCGUAUGAAAUAUAAAGCCUAUAUUUUAA